UCGAAAAAGGAAGCAGGGCAACGACAAAUAUUUAUAUACUUACAGUUGCACUGAGUAACAUCCAUUACUUUCAUAAUGAGAGAAAUGAUGUGACAUUUUUUAAGGCGCAUAAUGGACCAUUAACAAAAGCAAGUAUUUUCGGGCAGUGCAAGAUUUAUCCAGUCCCUUCAGGAUGGGAGAGGAUAAUAGACCAGUGCCACGCUUAGUUGCCAGACUUGCUGUGUGGUUGUCUAUGUUACUCAUCAUGGAAGUGCUGAAUACAGAGGCUACACAGUAUCAAUACAAAAGAUAUCCAUUCAGAAAGAAAAAGGAUGAUAAACUGUACAGGAGUAGACGGGUGAAGUGUGAUGAGACAUUAGAUGUCUGUAAGGGGCUGAGUGGUCUGCAGCACACAAAGUGUGUCCGCCAGUGUAUGUCCGAGACCUGCUAUCAACAGCUGUAUGGUCAAGAUGAGUUAGAAGAGGGAGAAAUUGAUGUCCGGUUGAACUCCUUCAAAGGGCUGCCUUGCCCAGAACAAGCGAUAGGUGAGAGUCUUUACAUGGCCUCAGCACCACCAUCCUAUGGCUCAUUCCAUGUCAUUAACCUUUCAUACACCUGGGAUCAGAGGGGAUUGACCAUAUCCAGGUUUGUAAGCAUUGGAUGGAUACCUCGUCAAGAAAUCCAGAUAAGGAGUCGACAGCAAACGGCCAAAUACUUGCCAUAGUAUGAACCAUCAUCAUAGUUACCGGCACAUUUUUACCAGAAAAUUGUUUUAACAUUUGCAAAAGGCCAAGAUACAUGUAUACUGGUCUAAAUUCUUAAUUUUUGUAAGAAAUUAUAUGAAAUUCUUAACAUUAGUUGUGUGAUUUAAAUACUGCAUUGGUCGUAAUAAUUUAAGUACUGCAUUGGUCUGAACAUUUGACCAGAGGAGUCCAAUGAGCUAUGCUGGAAAUUGCGUAACCACACUGACUAUGAGAAGGCCAAGGAAUACAUCAGAGGUGCUGCAAAUCUGACAUAGGAGAAGACUUACAUUGACGUUCAGAUUGAUACAUGUGUACAAAGCCUGAAAACGAUCCGAAAGGCAUCAAAUAUCUCACUGAAGAACAGUGGAUGUUUUCACAACCAGCUGUUCCUAGAGAAACAUGCACAGCAAAUGAGAACAAUAAUGCUGGAGAGAAAUAAUGAACAAAAGCCUAUUAAGAAGGACCAAGAUUUAAGUUGCCCAAAUGUGCAAAACAGUACUAUUCUGGACACCUUCUGACAUACAGAUUGGGUGUCAGAUUGGGUGUAAGCUUUCCUUCUUUGCAAUAAUAAUACAGGAAGAAGAUGAGAUCAACGGAAGUACUAGUUUGGUUUAUUAUAUUUGGGGUGUGGAAGCGAAAUGAACAUAGUCAUAUGAAAGCAUUUCUGAGGUAAAACUAAAAAUAAAAAUAAUCACCGAAUGAUUAUUGUUUUUUUUGUUUUUUUUUCGGAUGUUUUUGUUUUUUAUUUUUAUUUCAUUUUGCAGAGGUUUUUGGUUAUAGCAGUGUGGUAGCAGAAAUUAAUUGCCUCCUAAUAGUUUCAAGUAGAGCUAUAAAUGCAUUCACCUAAUGGACCUGGAAACGAACCAUUGGCUCUGUUAAGUGAUGUUUCAUCGAAGAUUUUAGUGUUUUCUUUGCCUUUACAAGGCUAACCUACUGUUCCGGAAAAUUGCUCUAGACCGAGGCAGAAAUAUAAGCAUCUUGAUGUGUGGAUGAGUAAAGAACAAUAUAUGUUCCUUGAUAAGAACAAGACGUUCGAAAAAUGCUGUAUACAAAGAUGUAGAAAGUGGAGAAGGCUCAUUUUGGUUUUUUAUUCUAUCAUUUCUCCAGAUCAGAAAAAUCUUACUUUUACAUACACGCACGCACGCACAGACACACGCACAGACACACAUGCUUCCACAAGUAUGAUGCCUUCCUUUAAACUGAUCGAGACCCAAACAUUCAGCACACGGCCAUCUUGUUUUCCCCGAAAAGUAUACACGGUACCGGUGAUUUCUUCAAAGGUGACUAAGUGUAACUUAAAAGUUCAUAAUAGAUUGACUGACAUAGUAUCUAAACACUUGAGUGUUGUCAUCCAGUUAAUCUAUACGAUACCGUACUUUCUCCGGUAUGGGCACCUAAAGGCUAUUCUGACUUAGACCUGAAGCAGCAGCUGCGAUAUGUAACUUCGCAGCUAUACGGGCCUUUCCAUUGACCAUGCACGGAGAAACCAAGGCAUAUAUUGCUCUGAUUUUAAGACCCUGAAAAACUCCACACAUUAUGUACCCGAUAAUGAAACCAUAAUGGUUUUAGGUCAAAGUGCGGUGAUUUGUGUAAUUUGUGAAAAUGAGCCUCUAUUUAAUUUGAGACUUACUAAUUUAUUAAUAAGAAUAAAAAAAAAUAACGUUCUUGUAUAUGUGACCUGUUUUAUUGGUAGAUGUGUCCAUGUAUUUAAUCAACACGAUCUCUCUCUGUACAGCUGAUUGCAGUCCAUGAUAAUUUUAAUUUUAAUAAAUCGGUUGAUACAUGCAGCCUGAAGAAAAUAUAAUAUGAAAAUCAACUCUUGCUCAUUGUUUCACAGACUCACUAAGAUUAUUAGAAAUUCAAUUAGAAACUUAACAAGAAAAUCAUGUAUGUCUGUCAGUUAUGAUAGUAACUCGGUGUAUAUACAUAUGUGUAAGCUUUCAUGUAUGUACACGUCAUCAUUUUCACAGAACUUAACCGCUUAACUAUAUACAUAUAUAUAGGCCUGCGUGAAAUACUUCAGGUUAAUUGCCUUGCGGUACCAGGUACAGAUAUUUUAAAUGAG